AUGGCGCCCUCUUCAACAUCUGUCCAAACACUGGAGAGCUUGAGAGAUUUGAUAAAUAAAUCUCUAGACGCCGUCGAAAAGUCAAUUCUUGACCACGAUGAUCCAGCGUUAACCCUCGAUUCAUGCGAAUCUCACCCCAUCCAUAGUCGCCUUGAGGCAGACCUUGAGGAUGCUUUGAAAACCAUAUCAUCCGCGACGAACAUGCUGCGAGCUCUCUGUGAUCCAAACACGUAUCUCAACGAUACAAUUUAUGGUUAUCACGACGAAACAGCGCUAUUUGUUGCCUGCCAAGCAGAUAUUGCGAACCAUCUUGGCAGAGAAGAGCAUUCCAUCCAGACCCUAGCCCAGAAAACUGGCCUCAAUGAAGAAAAGCUAGCACGCUACUUGAGGAACCUAUGUAACAAACAAAUUUUCCGAGAGACCGCAGACAACAGAUUUGCCAACAAUUUACUUUCCGUUACCUUCCAAUCGGAGGGGAAACGGGCAUUAGUUGGACACUGUGCCGAUGAAUGCAGAACCUCAUCUUCCAAGGCUUGGGAGGCGCUUAUACAUCCUGACUACAAAGACGCCACCGAAGCUAAUAAAGCGCCCUUUAACCUCGCUUACGGCACUGAUUUGACUGUUUUUGAAUGGGUGAAAAAUGUCAGACCCGAUAUCGGUCAAAGGGCUAAUACCGCCAUGGCCGGUAAAGGGCUCAACUUGGAGCAAUAUUUGGCCCUUUACCCAUGGCAUUUGGAGGGGACCAAAACGAUUGUUGAUGUGGGGGGCGGGGUCGGAGCCGGAACUCUUCCUAUCCUUAAAGAGAAUCCCAAUCUUCGUGUGAGAGUUCAAGAUCGCCCUGAGAGUGAAUCAAAGUUUCAUGAGUACCUCAAAAGUUCAUACCCUGAAUUCGAACAGUCGGAUCGCAUCAAAUUUAUCGGUCAUGAUUUUUUCACUCCUCAGAACGAGGCAGGAGACAUCUACUUCUUGCGUCAUGUCAUCCACGACUGGCCAGAUGAAGAAGCACGUCAGAUUUUGUCCCAUUGCACCGCCAAAAUGAGCUUGGGUAACAAACUUUUGAUCCUCGAGCAUAUGCUGGCUCCAACAUAUCGGGACACGUCGCAGAACUCGCGAGAACUUGCGCCACGGCCGUUACUUGCCAAUUGGGGCCAGUCAGUUGUUAGUCGGUUGGACCUGCAGAUGUUGGCCUGCCUUAACGCAAAAGAAAGAACUGAGACUCAGUAUCGUGCGUUGAUCGAAAACACGGGACUAAAAGUAGUUCGCGUGUGGCGCAAUGCAGGUCUAGAUACGGUGUUGGAGUGCAUCAAAGCUUAA